AUGGAGAGUCGGUUCUAUGAGAAGGAGUUUCCGAAGCCGGGUGACUCGGUGGUUGUGAAGGUAUUACGUUUGGAGGCGACGAUGGGAGCGUACGUAUCGUUGUUGGAGUACGGUGGAAUGGAGGGGUUGAUUUUGCCGAAUGAAUUGUCUAAGCGUCGUUUUCGUUCGAUUCACAAAUUGAUAAAGGUGGGUCGUCAAGAGGUAGUGACGGUGGUGCGUGUGGACGCGGAGAAGGGGUAUGUGGAUUUGAGUAAGAAGCGUGUGUCGCCAGAAGACAUAGGGGCGGCGGAGCAUCGGUUUUCGAAUGCGAAGCGUGUGCAAUUAACGGUGCGACAAGUGGCGUCCAAGUUGGGUAUGGAUGUGCAAAAGUUGAACGAAGUGGCGAUUUGGCCGUUGUACAAGAAAUAUGGACAUGCGUAUGAAGGUUUCAAAGUAGCAAUGGAGAACCCACAGGAGGCGUUUGCUGGCAUCGACUGUCCCGAGGAUAUUAUAAAGGCAGUGGUCGAAGACAUCGGACCACGCUUCGCACCCCAAGUCGUCAAAAUCCGAGCGCGCAUCCAUUGUUCCUGCACCGGACAUAAGGGUGUUAACGCCGUCAAGGAGGCGCUGAUCAAUGCGGAACAGUUCUUUGAGACCACCGAGAAAUUCAGUCUCAAAAUCCACCUCAUCGCUAGCCCCCUCUACAGUGUCAUUGCGCAAACCAAUGAUAAACAGGAAGGCCUGGAUCGUGUACAACGCGCACUAGAUCUCAUCAAGGAAUAUAUGGAACAAACACCUGGCGGCGAAUUUAAACAGCAGGGGGGACUGGUCGUCUUCGGCGCUGAUGAAGAAGAAGACCUCAAGGGGGAAGGCUCGGAAACGUCCAGCGAGGAAGACUCUGAUGAUGAGGACGAAGAAGAAGAAGAAGAGGAAGAGGAAGAAGAAGAAGAGGAAGAAGAAGAGGAAGACGGAAACCCCUCCACAGCAUGA